AUGCGUUUCUCCACUCUCGUGGCCACUGUUGCUGUUGCAGCGUCCACGACGGGCGUCCACGCCAACCUCCUUGCGCGGCAGAGCAACUAUCCAACCUGCGCCCUGCCAUGCGUCGCGAACCCCGACCUGGGCGACUGCGUCACCGUGACAGAUACCCACUGCCUCUGCACGAACAAGGCAUUUGUGAGCAGCACGACGACGUGCAUACAAAAUGCGUGCUCCGGCCAGGACCUCGAUGAUGCGCUAGCGUUCUCGCGGAGCUUGUGCCUUAAAGUUGGUGUUACGCUGACUUCGACGUUUGCGUCCGAGACGAGCACCGCGCCUUCUUCGUCGUCCACGUCCGGCAGUUCUUCCUCCUCCUCAUCUUCCUCCUCGUCGGCGUCGACCAGCGCAUCCGGCGCAAACUCCUCGCCCAGCUCCGCCGCGCUCUCCUCGCACGGCGCAAACGCCAACACCCUGUUCGGCCUGUUCGCUGCAGGUCUCACCGCGCUCCUUGCCCUAUGA